CGACGUCAGAAGAAAGCAGCAUGUGUGCAGUAGAACUGUAAAACUGGAUUAAUAACUGCACAGUUUAUUAUAUAAGAUUAUAUUGUUCAUACAGACUGGUAGUGGCGCAAUGGCUCCUCUCGUACCGUCUCUGCUGGGUUCCCUGACCCGACAGCUGUCCCGUACUCUGCAGUACGCUGCUGUCCGGUGUUUUCCUGCAGUAGGAGCGACACGCUGCAUUUCCACCCUGACCGCUGCAGUUCAUUCGAGAGGGAACAUCCUCCCCGCCCAGUUCCCGUACACGCCGUUCCGGUCUCAGUUACUGGGACAGAACCAGAAGCUCAUCGCCCUACAGCCUUCAGCGGGCAUGAAAACCAGAACAGCGCUGAAGAAGCGAUGCAAGGACUGCUUUUUUGUUCGGCGGCGUGGACGCCUGUUCGUUUUUUGCAAGAGCCACCCGAGACACAAACAGCGUCAGGGAUGAACGUGUGAAACGUCUGUUUACUGUUUCUGUACUAAUAAAGUUGUGUAUGACUUCAA